AUGCACCAGGGCCAGUGUUUGAGGACUGGCACUCUAGUGGCAAUCAAAACGAUCUUCAAGGAAAACCCGGUUGAUCGAAAAGCUGCUUUGAGUGAGGCAAGUGUUUUGCAUGCACUGGACCAUUCGCACGUCAACAGACUUCUUGCAGUUGUUGAGGAUGAGUUCAAUACAAAUCUCAUUCUCGAAUACAUUCCAGGCAUGGAUUUGAUGGAGACACUUCUUCAAACUGGCCCAAUGGAAGAAGAACCUGCAGCAAACAUUCUCUGGCCUAUUGCCAUUCGCAGGGCGUUGUGCACAGAGAUGUGA